CAUUAAUGUAAAACGUAAAAUAGUUUUAUUAUUUGGUUUGUUUAUAUCUUCAUGUUUUAUGCCAUGUAAGUUUUCAUAGAAACAGGAACAUGGGUUUUUGAGUUAAUGUGGUUUUAAUGCUAUACUCUCUCACGUUUCAAAAAAGAAGAAGAAGCUAUAUUCACUCACAAAAAUCUUAACUUGCAUCUGGGUUUUUCCUAUUUUACCCUGUUUUUCAUUAAAAAUCGUUGCUUUUCUCUCUAAUUCUCAUUCUAAUCCAAUUUUAAUGGAUACUCAUUCUUUUCUCUUUAGGAAUAACUUCAGGAAAAUGCAGAAAAAGGGGUUCAUUUAUGUUAUCUUUUAAUGUUUUUUUUUUUACUUGUCACUAGUAAACCGUUUUUUAUAUUAAUGAUAAAUUUUGUUAUUAAUGUUAUUUAGUCACUUAUUUAGUUUAUUUGAUAUCAAUUCUGAAAACGCUGCCUGUAAGUGGGUUUUUUAAUUCUAGUUUGCUGGUUGUGUUUUGUCUGAGGAUGGCUUGAUCAAUUUCAGGGGCCUUGAAUUUUGUUUGAUAUGUUUCGAAGCCUUUUGUUUGAAGUUUGAUCCCCGUACUCGUAGAAACAGUGUUUAAUUAUGAUUCCUGGCUACUCUUUAUAUUGGAACUUCAAUAAUGUUUGGAAACUAAUGGAUUAGGGGCCUGUUCAUCAUUAACCGGUCGGGGGUGAAGGGCUUGUUUUUAAGCAAUUUGAAACAGGACGGUUUCGUUAUCAUUUGGAGGAUUAGAGUCCUUAUUUAACUAGAACUGUCAAUGAUAGUGAGAAAGAACAUGGGACGUGCUUCACCACUUGUUCUGGUUACAUUAGUUCUUGGCUUUUGCUUUGCAACGUAUAAUCUGGUAACGAUGAUAAUGCACAGUAGAGCUAUUUCAAAAUGGGUUGAGGAUGAUGCCAACGGUGGGAUAUUUUUUGAUCCUGUCAUUAAGAUGCCUGAAAAUGUGAGGAAACCGAAGAACGCCAGAUUGCCUUUCCAUGUUGCCGUAACAGCUACUGAUGCGACAUACAGCCAAUGGCAGUGUCGCAUUAUGUACUAUUGGUAUAAGAAGAAGAAGGACUUGCCUGGCUCAGAUAUGGGAGGUUUCACACGUAUUUUGCACUCCGGAAGUCCCGACAACUUCAUGGAUGAGAUUCCUACUAUUGUAGUUGAUCCUCUUCCGGAAGGGUUGGAUCGAGGAUAUAUUGUCUUAAAUAGACCAUGGGCUUUUGUGCAGUGGCUGGAAAAGGCUACAAUUGAAGAAGACUAUAUCUUGAUGGCAGAACCUGAUCAUAUUUUUAUCAAUCCGCUGCCUAAUCUGGCAAGUGGAGGAUUCCCAGCUGCAUUCCCCUUUUUCUAUAUUAAGCCGGCUGACUAUGGAAAAGUGUUGAGGAAGUUUUUCCCCGAGGAGAUGGGACCUGUGACAAAUAUUGAUCCAAUCGGCAAUUCACCUGUCAUUAUCAAGAAGGAUUUACUUAAAAAAAUCGCUCCUACUUGGAUGAAUGUUUCUUUAAAAAUGAAGGACGACCCUGAGACUGAUGAAGCUUUUGGAUGGGUGCUAGAAAUGUAUGCUUAUGCUGUGGGAUCUGCUUUGCAUGGCGUGCAACAUAUACUUCGGAAGGACUUCAUGCUGCAGCCACCGUGGGAUUUUGAAAUCGGAAAAAAGUUUAUAAUUCAUUACACCUAUGGAUGUGACUACAACAUGAAGGGCGAGUUAAUGUAUGGUGAAAUUGGUGAAUGGCGAUUUGACAAGAGAUCAUUUCUACGUGGACCUCCACCACGAAAUCUCUCAUUGCCUCCUCCAGGUGUCCCAGAAAGUGUGGUGACCCUUGUGAAAAUGGUGAAUGAAGCAACUGCAAACAUUCCCAACUGGGAGGCUUAAUAAACGCCAGAUGUGACAAAGGAGGGGAAAAAUACAUAGCAUUUAUGGAAAUCUUUCUUUGUGGUGGUAAAAAGGAAUUUUUGUUUAUUUAUUUAGUAAACUCUUUGAAAAUUUCAUGUAUAAAUACCUCAUCAGCUUAAUUAAAAAUUCAAGCUAUAGAUUUAAGUUAGAUAAUACCAAAAUAUAAUUAAUAUAAACA